CACUCUUAAAGGUUAAGUACUUACAAAUCAGUUUGACCUGUGCUAGACUGACAGUUUUAAUUGGUGGCAUGCUUACCACUGGUGUUUAUUGUAGUAUGCAAUUGUUGAUGAUGAGUGCAUCUGACCCUCGCCGAGUCCACCACCGAAUCCUGUAUCAAUCCCAUCUCGAAGAACACCCUUUCCAAAUAAAGUCUAAUUCAUUCCCAACUGCAUCUCCUAGCCAUGCUCAACUCAGGGAACACAAUCGUCACCUUUGAUUAAAAGUCCGUGGGACGAUAGCCUAGGACAUGCCCUACAUUCCCAGUUCCUAGUUCCUCUCUCGACCAAGUUGCAUCUAACACCGAGCCGAUAUUGAGUAAUCGACAACCAGAAAUGCCGCGACCGGAGGAAGAUACCGAAAUACAUAGGAGUCAAGGACGAUUCUACAUAGGAAUACCUGCAAUUUUCUUCCCUUUCUACGGAAUCAUCUUCUUCUGCACCCAUUCAUUUCUCUGGCCGCUGCUCAAAGCCAGACUUAUACCGUGCCUAUUACUUACUCUCUUCGUGCUAUUCAAUUUAUUCUUCUGGACCUAUCUUCCUCAAGUCGCGUUUCUCGCUAUUUGGCACGGGCCGGCGGCAUGGGCAAAUGGCACGAUCCUCGUCCUUGGAGAGGGGGCUGUGAUCACUGCGCUCCUCUUCGAAGCCUUCCUCGUCGACGAGACGCAAGUUGACAUCUUUGACUCUAUCCUCGUCUACAAGGGCCUCGAAGACCUAGUAUCCACAACGCGGCCUAUCUUGGUGGAUGAAUCCGAUCCCCGAAAGCGACUUGGAAAGCCUUUUCGAUCCUCCAACUAUGCACCGUUCUCCUUCCGGCAGAUCAUCGAGUUCAUGUUCCUCUUACCACUGAACCUCAUCCCUAUCGUGGGAAUCCCACUCUUCCUAUUGGGGACGGGAUGGCGAGCCGGUCCACUGCAACACUGGCGUUACUUUAGGCUCAGCGGGUUCGACAGGAAGGCGCGCAAUGCGUUCAUCAAGAGGCAUCGGUGGCAAUAUACGUGGUUUGGAACGGUCUACCUAACAUUACAACUGGUACCCGCCCUGAGCAUGCUGUUUCUCCUUACCACUGCUGCUGGCUCUGCAUUAUGGGCAGCCUCGCUUGAGGAUAGGAAGAGGGAAGUGGAGAAUCGCUCACAGGAGCCACCGGAUUAUGUAGACGCACCUUGAGGUACAUCCCUGUGUAUGAGAAUAUGCAGUUAUUGUGAGGUCGGAGAUAAUGUAUUGAUGAAGCUCAUGAAACACUAUGUAUGGUGUCAUCGUGCUAUAGCAGCAGAUAUUGUGCAAUCAGCGAAAU